GGGGGGGCCAUCCCCUUCUCCGCCAGCAAGGCCACUCCGCGGCUGUGGAGCGUCAGCCGGUCUAUGGGGAGCGACCACCAGAGGCCGUGGGUGAAGGUGCUGCCUCUCAGUUUGCUGUGCGGCGGGCUGCUGCUCUGUUUCUUAUUUUUCAGGUGUUGGAGAACUUAAACGUUGCCUGCCGCGUUCUGCUGUUAAAAGCAGGGAGUUUGAGGCUGUCGGAUGAAGCUCGCUGAAGAAGCUGCUCGUGCUCGGUCUCGAACGCGCCUUCCCCAGGGAGUUGCGGGCUCUGGCUGGUGGCGGCCGGAGGCUUCUUGCGGGCACGCGUUACCGGGGCCGGGCGGCGCUGGGGCUCGCGCUCGGCCUUGCCGCGAGGGGCGGGGCGGGGCGGGGCCGCCGGGGUCGCGUUGCGGUGAGGCGGGGCGGAGGGGCGCUGUGGCCCGCCGGGGGGCGGGGCCGGCAGGACGGGGCCGCGCCUGCGCCCUGUUGGCCGCGGGGGGCGAUGCCGUCGGUUUCGAAAGCGGUGUCGCGGGGCGCAGGGUCCGGUGGGUCUCCGCAGACCGAGCAGCCGACGCAUUAUACCGUCGUCGUAGACCUAUACGAAGGCGUGAUGGGACUUUUAACUACAGUCCAGAUGUUUAUUGUACAAAAUAUGAUGAGACUACAGGAAUCUGCCCAGAUGGAGAUGAUUGCGCUUACCUGCAUCGAACAACAGGAGAUACAGAAAGGAAGUAUCAUCUCAGAUAUUACAAGACUGGAACAUGCAUUCAUGAAACAGAUGCCCGGGGUCACUGUGUGAAGAAUGGAAUUCACUGUGCCUUUGCUCAUGGGCCACAUGACAUUAGACCUCCAGUAUAUGAUAUAAGUGUUAUUUUCUUUCCCCAUUCCAGAGAACUUCAGGUGCAGGAAUCUUUCCAGAAUGGGCAGCUAGGAUGCAGUGAAGGUAUUCCAGAUCUGCAACCAGGGAUUUUAGCAAGUCAAGCAAUGAUUGAGAAGAUCCUUAGUGAAGAUCCAAGAUGGCAGGACACAACUUUUGUAUUAGCUGGCUACAAGACAGAACAGUGUACCAAGCCACCCAGACUCUGCCGCCAGGGUUAUGCGUGUCCACACUAUCACAAUAGUCGAGACAGAAGACGAAAUCCCAGAAAAUUCAGAUACAGGUCCACUCCUUGCCCCAAUGUAAAACAUGCAGAUGAAUGGGGUGAACCUUCAAGGUGUGAAAGUGGGGAUAGCUGUCAGUAUUGUCAUUCUCGCACAGAGCAGCAGUUUCAUCCUGAGAUAUAUAAAUCUACAAAGUGCAAUGACAUGCGUCAGACAGGUUACUGCCCACGUGGUCCAUUUUGUGCAUUUGCCCAUGUUGAAGAGGACACCAUGAAUGUAGUCAUACUGCAAACUGGUUGUCAAUCAAAGCCAGGCGCUCACCUGUUUCCAACAGACAGCAUAGGAAUUGCAAAUGAAUGGAGCAGCAGUCUUAACUCCACAAACAGCAUUACAAAUAACAGUGGGCAGUCUGGAAAUAUUUCCUGUUCUUCAAGUCCAACUGUAACAUCAACUUCUAGUAGCAGUAGUUCUUUGUCACCUCUGGGACCUCUUUGUAGACAGAGAUCAUUAGCAAAUGGUGUUCUGUGUUCUGAGUCUAGUACAUCAGGUGUUUCUUCACCAACAUCUAGCUAUCCAAAAGCACCAGGUUUUGAACGAGAAGAUCAGGCAAAGCAGCGAAGUUUCUCAGCUGAGAAUCAGCAGAAAAUAAGUGAACAAGACAACAAGCAGAACCAUCUCAGUGUUUUUUCAGUGGUUAAUCCACUUGCUUCAAGUAUAACUUCCAGUCUGGCCUCCAGUGUCGGAUCAGAUUGUUCAUCUCCUCCAGCUGUCUCAGCUGUUAGUGCCAAAGCUCUCCCAUUUUAUUCUGGUGGUAACACAGUUGAGUCAGUUACAGGUCAAAGAUUACUGGGAAGUUCAGCACCUGUCAGUAUUCCAGGUUCUCUUGUUCGUUCCUCAUCUUUACACUCAUCAUCAUCCCUUUCAACCUCUCCACUCAGUUCUCUUUCACAAUCGCUGUCUCAGUCUUUUGUUUCAUCCACUAUGGUUCCCCACCAACAGCAGCCCCAACCCUUGAAGUCAGAACACAGUAUGUUGGGCACCUCAGCCUCUUCUCACAACUCUUUAGGUUUAAAUGGUGUUACAGGGAGCAUUUGGGACUUUGUGGCUGGGAGUUUCUCUCCUAGUCCGUCCCCAGUAUUAAGCAUUGGCACUACUCUCUCAAUAAGUUCAAACACAAGUGGGAACGAACUAACUCGAGUUAGACAGGAACUUGAUGAUGCCAAGAGAAAACUAAAACAAUGGGAAGAAUCUUGGCAACAAGUAAAACAGGCAUGUGAUGCGUGGCAAAAAGAGGCUCAAGAAGCAAAAGAACGUGCUGAUGUUGCAGCUGCUGACAAGCAACUCGCUCUUCAGAAGAAGGAGGAAGUGGAAAAUAAAUUAAAAAAGCUGAAGGUGCAGUUAGCUGCCUGCCUAUCUACUACAUUACCUUACAUAAAAAACUCUGGAGACAUAGAAAAGAUACCCUUGCCAAUGCUUCGUUCCUUACAAAGUCAGCUGCACUUAGAUUUAGGGACAGUAGAUGAGGUGAUUUUUCAGCUUCAGUCAAAGAAGUGUAUAUUAUGUCGAGAAGGUGAUCGUAGCAUUAUCCUGAAUCCAUGUCAACAUUACAUACUUUGUGACCACUGUGCAGCUAGACAAGAAGAAUGUCCCUGUUGCAAGAAAUCAAAAAAUCCACGGUAACAUAGAGGCAUGGUACUUAUAUCAUGUUUAUGAAUUAAAACUAUUUUAUGUUUUUGUAUUUUGUAUAGGAAUUAUAUAAAUCACUGAUAAUUAAUCAACUUAAUAGUGCUAGGUAGAUUUUGAUUUUGUUGUAAGAAACUUAGUUGCUUUGCUUGCUCACCUUUACAUAUCAGUUUCAGCCAUUCAAUGAUUUUUUUAUAAGUCUUAAGAUUCUUUCGUUCCUGCCCAGUUCCAUCCCAAUCUUUUCCCAUCCACUUACAUUCUUAGUGCGCAGUCUACCUAGCUUCAUUUGCACCGUAAUCACUUUGUAUAAAUUUUACCAUAAUGCAUGAAUGAAAGUAUUUAUACCUAUUAUUUUCCUUAUCAGAAGAUAGAUACAUAGAUACAGUAGCUACACACUAAACAGUACAAAUGGUACCUUUGCCAUGUCUGUUGUGUAUGGUAUGCCAGAGCCAGUAUUUUGGAAUUGGUCUAACAGUAUGUUUACUUGUUUGUUUGAAAAAUUAUAUGAAUAAUAUAAAUGCACUUUUUAUUUUUAUUUUUUUUGUUAGAGGAUAUGUUGUAAAUUGCUUCAAGCUGCUUUCUAGGUCUUAAGUUUAUUUUUAAUACACAAUAAUAUGAUGGUUUAUAUAUGUGUACUGUGAAUUUUAAAUAUUUCAGAUGGUUUUACUGUUAAAUCAUAAUAUGAUUAAAUAGAAGUGAGAUCUUACCUAGAUUUUUUACAAUUUAUAAGUUAAUUGCAUACUACAGUAUUUAUAAAUGUACCAGUGGAAAGAAAAACAGUGAGGCACAUGUGCUUUCAUAUUCAAGGGCAUGUUUUACAUUUUGUGAGACAGAUCAGUUUUAGUAAACAACUGUGCGUUUGCAUUUCUCUCUUUGUUUAGAUGUUUGUAGUCUUAAAUUUUUUGUAUAUUACCUAACUUGUGUGGUACUUAAUGGGAACCCGUAUGAAACACACAAUAACUUUUAUAAAGUGCCUAUGCCAAAUGUCGUAUAAAAUAACAGAAGACAUAAAAAGAGAAUUUUGCAAAUAAUUUCUAUUGCAUAAUUUUUUAUCAUACAAUUUGAUGAUAAUUAGAAUAUGUCUCUUGCUUUUAUAAAUAUUUAAAAAUACACUUUUUCAACAAUGAGGUAACACAUUUGAAAGGAACUACAAAAUUACCUAAGUAUGUAAUCAGGCAGUGGCACUCUUGACAUAGCGAUUCUUUUAAAAGGGUGGUAACAAACUUACUUCAUCUUGGUUGUUUGGAACAUUCAUUUCAGGAGGAGAAGUUAGUCAAUUACUGUAUGUUACUACUAUCUACUUUUCUUACAAGGAAUAAUUGCCUGUGUUAUUCUUUCUUUUGUUUAAUACAGGUGUGACACUAGUACAGCUUACAUUGAAAUGACCUACUACUGUGUUACAUGAUUUGUAUCUCCGUAUUAUUGUAUUCAGAAUAGGAAUUGAGUUCAUAGGCAGUAAAGAGUUUAUCUAUUUAAAGUUAAAUCAUGCUGAAACAAACAAACAUAAAACAACAAGAUGUAUACUAAAAUUAUUGUUGUUGAAACAGAUAAAGCUUUUUGAAUUCUGUCAGUAUUAAAUAUAGGACCCAAGCCAAAAGUACUUAAAUUAUUGUAUCCUCACUGGGUUUUGUAGUCUUUGUAUGAAGGCUUCAGUUAGCAAAAAAAUAAUCAUUACAUAUUUCUGUGAUACCUAAAUGUACAGACUCAUUGCUGCUUUCCUAAGACAUGCCAGCCUGCAAGAACGUUACAGACUUUUCAGGAAGGGAGAAGAAGGAUAAAAUAUUAAAUAUAUGUCUACUUAUUCCUAUUUUAAAAUUUUAUUUGAAGAUCAUAGUAGUCCAUUUUAAAUAAACAUCAAAUUUGGGAUUUAAAAUGUGAUUUUGCUGACUUUCACACAGUUACUCAAAAAUAUUUGUAUUGAGAAGAGUAUAAAAUUAGACUAUAUUGGUAUUUUCAAACGUGCUUUUGUGCCCUAAUCAUGUCCUAAAAUAAAAUGCUGUUCUGUUUUAAAGGUUUAACCAGUUUUUGACUUUUUUUUUUUUUUUUUCCAAAAAAAGGAACUUUGAUCAUCAAGUUUGGCUGUCUUUUUGCAUCUCUGCAGUCUAUGACAAAUAUUCGUUUUUGAUCUGUAAUAGAAUUUUGGACUAAAGCAGAGUUAGUCACAUGAGAUUUUUUAAACAAUAAGCAAAUCAAGGAAUAAUGUGAAACAAGAUGUUGUUUUGGAUACUGGUGUACUAUAUUUAUCCACAAUGUGGAAUACUUUUCUGCAACUGUUGUACUCACAAACAUGUCUAGAAAGAGUUUGGUCAGAAAUUCUGCUGUGAUAUUUCAGAGGAAACCAGUUCAGCCCACAUUGUGCUGCUGAUAUGCUGCAAUGUGACAUUUGUUUCCUAAGAGAUAUGGAAGUAUGUUUUCUUGCUUCUUGUCAAAGGUUAUUGUUCUUUGUGUGAAUUAGUGUGCAAUUGCCUGUGAUCCUAUAGCUAUUUUUGGUCUCUCUCUUUUUACAUUUUUUUUGGUACUAAUAGGUGAUUUUCCUCAUCUUGUGAUGCCAACCAAAAAGAAAUUUAAACAAUAUUUGCAGCAUGAAUCAUCACAUUGACAUUUGUAGUUUGUGUUGCUUUUUUUUUAGAGGAAAUAAAUGAAUAUGUUGAGUUUGUUGCUUUUUAAACAGUUGUAUGCUUUGCGUUUUAUAAUGAUGAAUCUUGAAAAUAAUGUUGUGUGUCCCAUAGUAAUAUCAGUAUUGAAAAUUUUGCGUAUGUUCCCCUGCAAGCUUUUGUUGCGCUGAUUUAUGGACACAAACUAUUGACAAAUCAUUUAGUGAAGAAGGAAAAAAAAAAUCAGAUGGAAGAAAUGUACCUAUAUGUGAAUUUGUCAGGCUGGGCAGCUUGCUGUAACUACAGACAAACCUUACGUGAUUGCUUGAACCGUACAUAGCACUCAAAAGGAAAGUGCUAUAAAUGUUCUUCAUAAAAUUCUUCAUAUGAGAAGUUAUAAGCAAAGUUUUAUGUAUAUUAGUAAAAAGCAAGUCAACUGCCAAGACAAAUAAAUGUGUACUUUUACGCUAGUACUUUAAAAUGGAGGAUAGUAAGAUACAUGCACUUGACUAGAGAGGACUAUUUCGAAGUAAAAAGGGAACCCUGAGCCUUAUAAGUAUUUGUCCUUGUGCUAUAUAUACUAUCUAGAAAAUACAUUAUAUUUUAGUGACACUACAAUACAGUAAUUUGUUGCAUUUCCAAAAUAUCUUAAAGCAAACUAAGUAAAUUUUCAAGAUUCAUUUUGUUUUUUAACAAAAUUUUGUGUUAAUUUAUGUAAGAAUAUUAUUUUAUUGUGGAUGCCGUUAUGCUGUCACAAUUAUUAUAGCCUGGGGAAUAAUAGAUUAAAACUGGGAUUUCUCAGGGUUUUUACAGUUAAGAGCUGUAAUUUAACCGAAAGUAUGCUAAUCACAGGUAGAUCCCAAGCUGCAUGUUACAAGCUUAUUACUAGUUUUCUUUGAAUAGCUGAUUAUUACAGACAUACUUGUUUUCUUACAUAUUGCCAUUCAGAAUAUUCUAGUAUCAAAUACAGAUAAUCAUAUUAUUACUGUCACACUAUACAUGUGUUAACUGUGGUCAUCAUCCGACCUUAAAUAAAAAAGGUAUUUUUACUCAUAUUAAUUUAUGAAAGCUGUUAAUGUUUAGAGUGUACAGAAAGAAACGAUUUUGUGAAUUGUUCUUAAUACAAAACAUAUUAUUUAUAAUGCAUACCCAUUCACUUGUAGUGAACUGUUCAAAAUUCUUAACACUUGUUAAACUUUUCUACAUGAUGGCAUUUAUGCAAUGGUUUACAGAAAUCAUGGAAUUAUUUUUAUUACCAACAUGGAAAUAAAAUUUUGAUCUUUA